GGAACUGAAGUUGUUGCGUACACUCUGCCAUGACAACGUUAUCGACAUGAUCGAUGUUUUUACUCCCGACCCCGAAGUAUCAUUGCUCAACGACGUCUACUUCGUGUCGAUUCUCAUCGGUGCCGACUUGCAGAACAUCACGAAGAUCCAGAGACUGGGAGAUGAUCAGGCCCAGUUAUUAAUCUACCAGAUACUACGCGGCCUGAAGUACAUCCACUCUGCCGGUAUUAUCCAUCGCGACCUAAAGCCGAGUAAUAUUGCCGUCAACGAGAGAUGUGAGGUUAAGAUUCUGGAUUUUGGACUGGCUCGACCGGCUGAUAUCGAAAUGACAGGCUACGUGGCCACACGUUGGUACCGUGCCCCUGAAAUUAUGCUAAACUGGAUGCAUUACUCGCAAACUGUUGACGUUUGGUCUGUUGGUUGUAUCAUGGCGGAACUGAUCUCCGCGCGGCCAAUAUUCCCUGGCGAUGAUCACAUUGAUCAACUGACUCGCAUCAUGGGUGUCGUCGGCACACCAAAUGAAGAAUUUUUGAGCAAGAUCCAAUCAGAAGAGGCGCGGAAUUACAUAAAGAACUUGCCACGCAUGCCUCGCCAAUCCUUCAGCGUUUUGUUCCCGAAUGCAAGCCCAGAUGCUGUAAAUCUGCUGGAACGCAUGCUGGUCCUUGAUCCGGACCGGCGCAUUACCGUGGAUGAGGCUCUACGUCAUGAAUACGUUAAAGAGUGGUGGGCCCCUGAGGACGAGCCGGUGGCCGAACAGCCCGUAUCCACUGAUGCCGAGGAGGAACAGGCUCAGACUCUCGACGAUUGGCGAGAGCUAAUUUGGCGCGAGAUGGGCAUCUUCCACCGUUCUCCACGGCACAUCAGCUGCUCCGCCAGCAUCCAGGAUCUAGAGAACAAACUACGCCCGCUACCCGUAAUCCACGAU